AAGCUAAGAAGAUUUAAUUGUUUUGUAAUCCUUAUUGAAUAAUUAGAACAUUACAAGACAUGGAACUAGUUUAACCGAACCGUUUUGGGAUUUGUCUUCCCUCCAGCAGGUGGCGCUGUUACUAAAUCUUAUCUCAACUUCACGGGUUUGAGGGGAAAAAGGUCCUCCGGCCAAUAGGGGACGCUAAUGCGCCCUCUGCUGACAGAGAAAAAGGCGAGCUCUGCAUCCAAGGACCAGCCUUCGGGCUCUCCUUUCUUUAAUCGGGCUGUUUUGGGGCCAUUUUAGGCUCACUGAUGCUAAUUUAUUUAAUCUUUAUUGCCGAACCUUUGUUUUUGUUCUGCAAACAAACAGCGACAACCGUCGACGCAACAGGCGCGUUUGACCAGCGGAAGUAAGAACUCUGGCAAUGAAUCCUCGUGACUGGAGCUACUCUUUCCAGAGACAGCAUUCAUUCUCGGAGGCACAUCGCCUUAGAGAUGCUGGCAGUUCUAAAAAUGUCCUCAGGCGUGAAGCUGAACAGGACCUUCGCCUUGAGCGCAUAUGCCGCCCCAACACCCAUUCUUCCAUCAGCAGUGGGCCGUAUCCGAAGGAACCAAGUCCUUCUAUCCAGAACUGCAAGGAGUCUGAAGCAGAGUGUCCGGAUGGGGAACACUCAGACCCAGAGCUGCUGAGAAGGAAAAAAGAGCUUCAGGAGAUAGAGGAACGAAUCCUGCUUAAAAAGGCAUUCAUUGCUGUCAAAACAAUUGGACUGCUUGAGAAAAAAUCCUCAGAUCAACAGUUGGGUAUAGGUCCAGGUGAAACUCUUAAAGACAGGGUAAAGGCCAUUUUACAGCGACACCCCCAAAGCUUUUUCCAUAAGAUCCAGAAGCCGAAAGGGAUAUUAAAGACGCCUCUGCUCAAUGAAGGCGGUUCGCUAUUGGAACCCCAUCCUCUGAAACUCAGAGUACAGUCACUCAUGAAGCAGAGACACCAUCAACCUGCUGUUCUACCAGCCAACAGAGAAAAGACUCCGAACGUCCCGGUUCCUCAUCACGCGGAGAAGGGCUUCGAGCUCUUUCUAGGGGCGCUCGGCAAAGGGGCGGCCGCCAACUUGAAACCACAGACCUCCUCUGCGCCGCUGCCUUCUUCCAGCCGCGGCGUUGCCUCACCUGCUAAAGGAGCGAGUCGAUCUGACGAGGCGUUUGAGCGCUUUCUCAGGCUGCUGAACAAAAACGCAGAAGUCAACCCUGAUGAGAUGGCCUCCGAUGGGCCCCCACCCUUUCCCAGCUUGAUCCACACGUCACCUGCAGACGAGGACAUCAGCGGGCGGCGCGACCUCCACGCCGUUAGGAACCUGAACAACGCAGCGGAUUCAAGCGUGCUGAAUGAAAAGCUUCCUGUUCCCAGACAAAGUUCUUCUUCGUCCAUAAACGAGGAGAGCAAAGUGGAGAAAGGUUUUGAGCGCUUCCUCAGCGUGCUGAACAAAGGAGUGGACAUCAACCUCCUCAGUAAGAUAGUUAUGGAUAGUAAGGAGGUAGUUCCCGCCCUUCUCCCCUCUGUGGAGCGGAACAAGAGUGAGGAGCCUCUCAGGAGGGGGAGCUCCUGUUCCAACAGCGGAGCUCCUCUGCCGGGCUGCAUCCAGACCAGCAGUGCAGAGUCAAGGACCGACCGUCCAGAGUGGUCGCUACCCGAAACCGCACAAGACGAGAGGCUCUGCAGCGUGAACUCCGACAACCGCGCGGCGUCUCCUCUGGAAAGGAGGAAGAAAAGGAAGUUGGAGGAUGAAGAACUGCCACGCUCAGAGGAAGCGUUGAAGCAGCUGCAGGACAUUUGUAGAACUCUGAAGCUAAACAUGGCAGCAGAGAAGAUGAGCAAAGAACCGGAUCGCACGCAAGGAGGGAAGACCGGGAGCAGGCGGGUCAGCGGGGAGCACAGCGGCUCCUCCUCCUCCCCCAGAAGUCGCAGCCGCUCGCCACAUCGCCACAGGAAAGAUCAAAAGUUGAAACAUGGCGGCUCUCACGAACGAAACAGAAUGAGUGUAAUGCAGCCAGAAGAAGAAGAUGCUGAAGGUCCGGUGGGCAGCGACAGAAACCGACAGGAAGCAUCUCCUUACCUUCACGUUUCUGCUGCUGCUGCAUUCCCACAUUAUAGUUUGUACCAAGACCCACGUUUCCCCAGUGACCUCGCCAACGCCACCAGAGAUGUGGCGUACCCUUACUGCUCGUUUCCUCAGAGCUACAGCACGCCGCUCGCCCCUCCCCCCGACGUGCAUUCCUGCCAACCAGCAGAAUUUCACAGCCCCGCGUGGACCGACCCUCAGUGUGGAUUGGAAAGCGCGGCCCCGCUUUGGGGUCUCGACCUUUCCGCGUCUGAAGGUCAGACCGGAUUGUCUCCUUGCGACGCCAACAGCAGGUCUCGAUUCCUAACAGUCGUCGACACGCAGGCUUCUUUGAACACAAAGUCCUCCAACGGGUCAAAGCCAAAAAAAAAGUAUCGACCAUGGAAGAAAAAUAAAAAACCAGACAGAAAAAGAAUUCGUAAAAAGAAGGACAAGGGAGACAAACCUGGAGCGAAGCCACUUUCUUCAUCGAGCAAGACGACCAAGGCCAAGACAUCACAGCAGCCUGCAGCGCCACAGGCUUCCGGGGCGCCGAAGGCAUCCGUGGCGCCGAAGGCACCGUCAACGGUGACCUCCCCGGCAGGAACUUCCCAGGCGGGCCGUGUCGCUCCGACUAAGCCGUCGGAGGAGCGGAAACCACAGCUGCUGACAGAGGAGGAGAUAAAGGCGAACCUGAGGAAAAAGCUUCAAGCGUUUAAUGAGAAAGCAAAGCUUGCUAAGCAGAUCUACCGGCCCUCACAGCCAGACGACUCGCUGUCCCUGGAGCUGAGCUAACCUCCUCCCCUUCUUUUGGUGUUUCCUGCACCAAAACCGUCCGCCUCCGGACCCGGUGGUGUCGUGCGAAUGUCCCGACUCUGGGACGGCACGGGACGGAUCCUCUGUCUGCGGCUCCACACGUCUGGUCUGCAGCCUCCGAUCACAUGAAGGAUCCUUCAGCUCCGUGUUCCUUCUCCUCCGCUGGAGGGGGAGCGGGAAUUCUGGCGGCUUCCAUAUCCGUCAGGAUCUGCCUCCAGACUUCAAGACUUUACGGCGGAAACAUUUAGCAAAUUUCUGAGCAAAGAAAGCUCAUCGUUUCGCAUUUUACCUUUGAAAUGUUUCAUUAAGUCAUCUGAACAGAUGCAUCCAUAGAAAACAGAACAUUUUGACAUGUAAUAAGCCUGUUUUUUUAAGUUUUUUCUUUCAAUAAAGGAGAUUUUUGUGUCUUCCCUGAAA